CCUCCGUGAUUGCCGCGGACCUUUCUGCGCUAACUGCUGUGUAUGGGGGGUGUAGCAUGAGCACAGGACCCCGAGAGAUGUCAAGAACAUCAAAGGCGGCUCAGAGUUCUCCAUGUGAUCCAGGCGCGUCCAAGCGGUGACCGGGCGGUAGUGCGCUCGAGUCCGCGCUAUUAUUAAUCGACAGGUAGCCGUGGCAUUUUUUUUUGUGGUGGCAACAGUCGGCCGUCGCGCCGAUUUGUUGUGGAGUUUGAUCCGCUACGGGGGCCCGUUCGAUCAGACGAUGCCGUGAUCUGGCCACUCUCUCCACCGUGCCGUGGCACCGAUGGCAGCCUUCGGACGAGAACCCCUAGCCGCCGCAACGAGUCUUCGAGACAACGACCCCGCUAACUCUCUGGGUCCGACGAGCCGUCGUCUACUUUGACGGAAACCCCGUCUACGUCGGGACUGUGUGUCCGUGCCCGCCGCGGGUGCACAAUUUCAGCGAAUCGGACGCGCUGGUGGGACGGCGCACUUGAAAGGAAAAAAAAAAAGAAAAAAAGAAAAGAAAACAGAGAGGAGCGACCUGCGCGGUCUGCUGUGCCCAUCCUGCGGGGGUAAUUAGCAGUGGCUGGGCCGGCGGUGGGUGCCGUGACUCACCGCAGCGCGCCUUGACGCCGUUCUUUUCGACGACGCCGAAUGCACGCGAAUGGCAGUGUCCCGAGUGGUCACCAGUCAACGCUGGUGCCGCAGGCACGUGCCGUACUUCGCCAUCGGAGUGGCCAUCCUGAGCGUGCAGAUCGUGCUCGGAUACCUGUUCUACCUCGCGCCGGCCUCGGAAUCGGACGCCCGACAUCUUCCAGCCGUCCGGACGGGCGGCGGGUCGAGAGCGUCCGACUCUCAGCAGGCCAGCAUUGGGCGAGAACAAAGCGCCCAGUCAGAUGACGAAUACAACAACGAAGACGAAGAUGGCGUACAGCAUCCACGCUCGGAGUCCCGUCGAAGCGGCAACCCACCAGCUUCGAACGACGUCAAUGGAUCAGAGGCCGUCAACUGGGUUCAGCUGGGGUUCCGACCUGAAUGCGACAUCACCGAGAAAGAUGCCCUGUCGGCGAUUCGGCGCGCCACUACGACUCCGUGCAAGCAGGAGUUGGCGAAUGUGACAUGCCUCGUUCGCCGGGGCCUUCUAUACCCGAGUGAGCUGCCAAGGUUUUGUGACAGUUCUCCAGGACGAGUGGUUGGUGCACAUCUGGGCUGCUUCCGCGAUGACCGCAAGUCGCGCAUCUUCGAGCGGCUGGCCUCUCGGACACGCUCCAACUCUCGACGACACUGCGUCGGCCUCUGCCUGCGUCUCGGGUUUCCCUGGGCUGGCCUACAGUACGGCACCGAGUGCUUCUGCAGCAAAGAGAGGCCCGCGGCGAACCUCACGCUUCCGUCGCGCUACUGCGACAUGGUCUGCCCGGCCGACGAGAGCGAGUUGUGCGGCGGCUACCUCGCCAUGGACGUCUUCUCGACGGGGCUGCCCACUGUUGGCGAAGUCACCAAACGGGAAAUCCUGUGGCCACUGGCGCCGGCUAGUGCCAAGACACUGAAGCCAGCACGGAUCGCCUUCCUGCUUUCGGUCAAUGGCCGCGCGGUUCGUCAGGUGCUGCGCCUGUUGCAGUUCCUCUACCACGAGCACCACGUCUUCUACAUUCACGUUGAUGCCCGGCAAGACCACAUGUACCGGUCUCUGCUGCCGCUGGAGUCGAGGUACACCAAUGUGCGCCUGGAGCGGGACCGCCUGGCCACUAUCUGGGGCGGCUCGAGCCUGCUCGAGAUGCUUUUGCGGGGCAUGGCGUACCUCUUGCAUGAGCAUCCUGGGUGGGACUACUUUGUGAACCUGAGCGAGACUGACUACCCCGUCAAGUCUCGCAAGGAGCUGGAAAUGUUCCUGGCUGCCAACAUGGGGUCCAACUUCGUCAAGUCUCACGGCCAGGAUACGCAGAGGUUCAUUGGGAAGCAGGCGCUGGAGCGCACAUUCCACGAAUGCGGCGGGCGUAUGUGGCGCUUGGGGCCACGCACGCUGCCGUGGGGCCUGAGGCUCGACGGUGGCAGUGACUGGGUCGCACUGCACCGUGACUUCUGCUCCUACGUUGCGCUGCCCGAGCACGAGGACCCCCUGCUGCAGGGGCUCAAGGCGCUUUUCCGACACACCCUCCUGCCUGCCGAGUCGUUCUUCCACACGGCGCUGCAGAACAGCAUCUUCUGCGGCACAGUGGCCGACCAGAACCUGCGGCUGGUCAACUGGAAGCGGCGCCAGGGCUGCCAGUGCCAGCACCGUCACGUCGUCGACUGGUGCGGGUGCUCGCCCAAUGUGUUCCGCACGGACGACUGGCUUCGCAUUCAGGCUACUCGCGACCGUCCUGUCUUCUUUGCCCGGAAGUUCGAGUCGUCGGUCAGCCGCAAAGUGCUGGACCAGGUGGACAUGUGGAUUGUGGAGUCAAGGCCCCACCACUCGUCGGCUGGCCCUGCAGUGCCGCCCACUGGCUACUGGCAGAGCGAGUACGACCGUGGCGAUGAUGUGGCUGCAGACGACGACAAGCUGACGGUCUAUGAGAGUCUGGCAAAGCUUGCUGAUCGGCACCUCGGUUCAUUGUGUGCCAUCAGCCGCAACCGCACCCUCCCAUCAAUUGAUGCCGUCCAUCUCUACUUUUUCGGAGACCAAUUUCAGGGCUUGUUGGUGUCCUACACAACUGGUGGCGAUUCCUUUGAGGCGCACUUGGCGCCACUGAAGCGGUGGCAGCCGGGCAAUCAAGAAACGGCUGCAGCUCCGGCCCUGGCUCGGCUUCGAUUUAUCUCCGUGGGCACGGAGUAUGACCCGAAGGAGCAGUUGGUCCGAGACAUUGCACGGAUUCUGGGACCUGACUCGUCACCUGGUGUCCUCCAUUCGUGGGGUGCUGGUCAAGCGGUUGCGGUCACCAUUGUCUGGGUGGAUCCGGCCAAGGUGGUCGCUGGAUCGUACGAGGUCCAAGUUGAGCCGGGGCUGCAGACGCUGUUCCACCGCCCUGAGUUCCGGAAGCCCCUUCGUCCUGGCGCCUGGACCGUGAUGCUGUUCCACCACUGGUCCCUCGUGGCUCAGAUGCACUUCCUUGUCUCUCCGGUCGCAUAUCGCGACGGCAAGAAGCUGGUCUCGACGACAAUCGCAUCGCAAGCCAACGGGGGGCCUCGGGGUCCUUACAUCGGGCACGAUCUGUCUCGCGUAGAGGAGCACUUGGGCUACUCGGCCGAGACACGCCGCACCCUGCAGAUGCAGGCGGACGAGGAUGCGUUGCUUGUGGGACAAGACCUGGAAAGAUGGAUUGACGCCCUGGUGGCUCAGUUCUGGACGUUUCGCGUGGCGUGUGCCGCGCCUUCCGAGUCGAGUCGAGCGUGCAAGUCGUUGACGCCGUGCAGGGAAAGCGGAUGGAGUUCGUACUGGCCAGACCCAACUGUGGAGGUCGUGGCUGGUACGUGAGGCUCUGCAGUCUCCUAGAUGUUACUGUGGAGGAUCUAGGGCAAGUGUAGAACGGCAGGUUCUUUUUCUCUUCUUUCCGUUAUCUAUGAUUGCCGGCAGAGGUGGUUCGCUUUUUGAAAAAGCGAGAAAGGACCUCUGUUGGGUAAUGAAGCAACUCUGAAACGUUUCUCGCCAGUAUCAGCAUGUAAAGAACAUAUGCUUAUAACGAAUAUCGCAUGUAAUGAAGGUACUUCUGUGUCAGAUGUGACUUCGUCAUAAGGAGGUUUGAGAGUGCCAGUGUAGGUAGCUCAUGGUAGCUUCAGUCCAAAGAUGAGAGAAGACAAGAUUGAGCGCCGUUUUCAGAAGCUGGGUCCUACUGUCUGGUUAACAACUGGUAUGGGAGGCUACGCUGUCGAUACAUUACUGUAGACUAUCUAGAACAGAGGUGUGCAACACGUCAGUAGUCUGCGUACAACUCGUGGAAUCUUUCCAUGCGGCCCUCGAGGCUCUCCGUGGGCACGAAGUCUCUUCCCCCUGAGCUGCCAACUCUCGGGCAAUCCUGUCAACUAUUUCCUAGAUGCAUGGCAGUGCAGUCAAUAGAAGCUGCAUGCAGUUACAUAGCCCCAGUAACCUGAUCCGAGCUUGAGAACCUCGGCCUAGAAGCAGACAUCGAGCAGCAUGCUUGCUUUUGUUGCGUCUCGGACAUAGGAGUUAGCUUAGGAAAUUAUUUGGUUUUGAUGAGGCAAAAGGAAAAGCCAGAUGAGGGAGUGGCUACCACAUUCAUUUAAGUUAGCACUGAGGUAAUGCUUUAGUAGUUUCUUAUCAUUUUGUUGUUCUUGUUUUGCUUGCCUCAAUUUUAUUUAACUCAGCUGGUCGCUGGUGACCCAGGGUUGACUUUAGAUGAGGCAGAAUGAAAUUCACUCUAAGUUUCUGCCCCCCUUUUGGGCUUCAUUUUGAAGGAGAAAAAAUUCUCUCCAUAGUCUUCUUGUGUCCUUCCACAAGCAGAAGGGAGAGGAAUUGCUGAUUUCGGUUCAUCGGAUUUUUUUUUUUACAUCGUUGAGUCAAUGAGCAACGCAAUAGGUCAACAAGAACACGCAGCUGGUCAGCAGAGACCUGCAGUGGUUGUCCGGUGGUGCAGCCUUGCCUAUUCUGUACAAAAUGCUUUCCGAGUUUGGUUUCUGCAAGCAGUAUGUGAUGUCGUACAGAGGGAAUCAAUGGACCUUUUGGUAAGCUGGCAGUAGUUUCUGGCUUGACCUGGGACUUCAAGCUACGCCGUUGUUGAGGUGAUCCUGUAAGCCAUCUAACCUGCAGCUCAUAUUCAGUGGUGUCCCAUGUACUGCUAAUGCUAGCUGACAUUUUAAAUUAAUAAAGAAGGAAAGAAUAACUCAGGGAAGGUUGUAGGGGUCUAAUACUCGUGCAACACGGGCAAGUCUAAUGCAGGUAUGUGCCUAGAAUGCCAAGUUUCUAAAUGCCAAUACAUUGAAAGUUUACCGCUAAAUGCGCUUCUUUAAUGGCAUUAAACGUCACAAUGAUGACUGUAGUGAAUGCAGUAAGUUUGCUUGCUGAUCGUAAUAACUACAAAAAUGAUUUAGAGUGCGAAAGUUAAACAUACGCCACUAAAUACAUCAGUAGGCACGUUUUGUGUACACUUACUUCAGUUCAUUUCAAAAAUUAUUUCGCAUGUGCAGGCAUAACUGUUACCAUUAGGAGUGCGAGCGUGCACUUGACGGCCAAGUGAGUUAUAAGACUGCACUACUCUGCAAGUGACGUUGGGCCUUAAUACCAUUCAUAUGUUCGUUUGGCACUUCGCAAAUGGCAUUUAGCAGUUAAUGUCAUAUUUUAGUGCCCUUAAGAAACUUGCUACGACCUUGAAAUUUUUAGUUUGCCGAACGCCAGAACAAUGUAGCAAGAAUCUUUGACCUCGAGCCUGGUGGUCAAGGUUGAAGAGGCUGGACAUUAGUUUAUUCUUGUGUUUGAGUGUAAGUUAAAAAACAAUGCUGAAAAAAUUAACAAGAAUUGACUAGAAAAACAAAAAGCAUGCAUUUUAUAACUGUGGCAUGCACCUGUGAAUUUGCUUACGAUGAGCAGCUUUUUUUCAGACACUCGAGGUGUUUGAACCGUUACCGAGGAAAAAUAUUUGGAAAGUAUUUUUGUGUUAAUGCGAUUAGCAUUCUUAGGAUACAUCUCGCACUUUUCGCCGUGUGUGUGUUUCUGACCCAGGCAAGAAUGCAUGCAACGCCGUGCUUCAGCUGAAGGGAGGCUGCUCGCCAGGCCGGGUGCAAUGUUUCGCCACCUGUACAGUACGAACAGGUCCAGCUCUCGCGCGUCGUGCUUGUGGCGGCGGGGCUGUCCGUCUUUAUAUUGACAGUUUGAUGGGGUCGCGGAAAUGGGGUGGUUUGCCUGCUUGCAAACUUGCAGCUUUCUUUCCCAGUGAUCCAUCAGAAAGUUGAGAGUUCAAAAACAAGCAAACCGCAUCAUGAACACGAUGAGAAAGAAGACUCCAUGGUCACAAGGAGCAUUGCGCCGUGCCGUCACGUUGCUAUGCCGUGCUCUGCCUCACCUCAAAUGGGCACUUGCCACCCAGGAAUGUGAAAAAAAAAAAAAAUGCAGGCAGCAGCGUGCUGAGCUGCUCGCCGCUGCUACGCAGUGAAGGCAGAGUGGAGGCCUGUGCCACUCAAUUGGAGCAGAUGCAGCAAUACAUGUGAUAGCAUUGCGCUGAGUAACUAUCACUAAUUACACACCGAUCAUAAGAAAGUAUGCUAAUCGCAUCAACUUCGCCAGUCGCCUCCAAAGGAUGGAUGUGCUGCCUAAUUUUCUUGAAGCUUUUGCACAAUAAGGGAUCUCGGAGCAAAAGAGUCACAAUGUUCCCAACUCUGACACACGGUUUGUCGAUACCUGUGGAGAUUUCUCCAGCUGACUUCUGUUAAUCUGGGCCGGUAUGAAGUACGGAUUGCUUUCGCUCAAUAGUACUCCUUUGCAACCGGCCAAACCCAGGGGUGAAAGUGGGCAGACUGGUCUUCGUAUUGCAGACAAAGCGUGAAAAGGAACAGCUUCGGAACAGAAUCAUUGCACCAUCCUGACAUGAUGUCUGUUAUUUCACCUUCCUACCAAUGUGAUCUUGCUCGAUGAUCCCAACAGAAAGUCGCAAAAGCUUGUAUGGAAGGGUGUGCUCUGAUUAAUUUGGUCUCGCAAUGCUGGAUCUUGCAGAUUGUGCUUCUGUUAUAAUUGUUCUAAGAUUCUAUUUCCCUCCUUGGAUCUUGCUUUGGGGAGACUUCUUGGGUAGACUUUGGGGAGACUUUGGGGAGACUUUGGGGGAACUUUUAGUGGCAACACAUCACAGAAAGCCAGCAGUUACCAGUGCAGUAGAACAGCAGUGUAACAACAUGGAUAUACCAAAUUAACGCUUAGAAUAAGUGAAUUCAAAAUUUGUGAUUCUGAAUUCUGAAUUUGUGAUUCUGAAUUGUCAAUGACAAGAGUAAGUGGCACCCUUUGGGUGCCACUUACUCUUGUCAUCGACAGUUUGGCUUCACCACAUUUCUUGCUUCAAAAUCACAAAAAGCACGCAUCUACAGAACGGAUCAAGAAUUUAAAUUCACUGGCAAGUUUCCGAAGGUUUACAGAAUGCGGACUUCAGCUGAAAACUCUCUGCAGGAACGUUGGAUACGAGAACAUCAAUUAUUUCAUGCCUAGCACACUUGGGAAGCUGCUAUCCAGCCACUUGAAGAAUAUUCCUGGUCUAAUGCAGCGCGAAAAACGCAGAAAGAUGCAAACUCGCUGUGUGACGACAUAAAGAUGCCGAGGGCGAACACCCAGCCGUCAUACCUUCCCACUCAUUUUAGUAAAGCACUUUACACAUAUAUUCAACUUUGCAGAACUGGUCAAAUCAGAAUUGUUUCAAGGUGUGUGCAAUGCAUUUUAAAUGUUAUUGUUUUCAUCAAUGCCUACCUGUGCAUGAUUAUCCAUGCACAUCCUGAAGGGGAUACAAGGAAGGUGUUUUCCUGUCUAUGAUGAGGUUUCAUAGUACACACUGGAACAAUCGCAGAGUGUAAAAAUAAAAAGUGCUAGCUGGCAACUGUCACUAGAAGGGGAACAAUGCCAUUCUGCUUUAGUAAGGAGAAAAAAUACAUAGAAAAAAAGAUAGCGAGUAAGGAAUAGGAAACCGAGACUAAUGGAUGGAUGGAUGCAAAACUUUAAUGAAACCGAGACUAAUGUAAUUUUUUUAAUAGUGCAAUAGCCUCUGUUUGCUUUCUCAACAUCAUCAGUCAAAUUGGUUAACGGCUAGGUGUCAAUCCAAAACCAGGCAAGCACAGGCUCUCCUAGCCCCAUGGCUGUCACCAACGCAGUGGCUCGCAUCUUCAUCUUCACUAUGGGGGCUUAGUUGGCCCGUGAGUUGUGCGUAGUCAAUCAAAUGUUUUCUAGUCCUGCUGGAUGUUUGAGUUGCGCGAAGUUUAGCGCAUGUUUGUUGUUCUUCCGUAUUAAUGCACUUUUUUAACAUUUUCUUCGUCUGGUAACGUUUUGCAACGAAUCUAGCACCAUGCUAGAUGGUUUCUGGCAUCUUAUAGUGACAGCGGCAGUGGUUUUAAACCAGGCUUAACUGAUCACAAAGGAUGUGGCUAGCCAGUUCAAUGUGAAAGUUAAACAAUAAUGCAGGCAUAAAUUUUCAAGUGCAAUUAGACCUCAUAAAUUGGCCUAUUUCUUGACAAGAGUGAAACUCCUCCUUCAUUGAGUUGUAUUGAUGAUGCCAUGUAUUUCGAAGUAUCAACUGAAAUGAAAGAAAAAAACAGCAAUAGGCAUUUGGCCUAUUGGUUUGGUUUGGUGAAAGGGUCUAACACUGAAAGUGUUAGGCACAUUCAAAGAACCACUAAUGAGCUCUUAUGCAGUCCAAGAGCUGCAGCAAAGCACGCACGGGAGGGCUGCAGACAUUAAUGUCACUGUUUGCCUUUUAACUCCCUACCCCCUCUACUAAAAUGCGGUGGUCUAGUUUCUGAGAAUGACACGUGCACGAGAUUGUGACAACGACAUAGUUCAGCAAAAAAGGUAGCGCAACAUUGUGUGUCUUCAGGCUGGAGCGAAGAGCAACAGUUUGCCUGAGUUGCUAGCCGCAAGUAGACCUUAGAAGAGCUUUGCGUCAUUUGCAAGCCACAGCUUCUCCACUUCAGCCCAAAAAUCUUUGGCGCAGAACUGCAGUACAUACUUUCAGUGAGAAUUGUAUGAAAUUGUAUGCAUUGCACCAUUGCAGGGCUAAGGACAAUUAGUUUAGUUAACCUCCGAUAAACAACACUCGUGACUGGCUUACUUGCUACGAACUAUGCUGCUGAGAAAUUCUUAUUUGUGGUAAAAGUAUGGUUAGUUUCAGGGCUUGUUACUGAUGCCGACUUGCCAUGUGAGCACAGCCUUGGCAUGUUCACAUCCGGGAUGUCAGUUCGUGAGUCGUGUCAGUUGCAUACCAUAAAGUGCUUUUUAUUCGCAUGCUGAAUGUUUCACAUUUUUAAUCCUAAGCACUAUUGGCAGAACUCCCAGGCACUGAAAUUAGUGAAAGAGCACUGUAUGCAAAAGGGCAAUGUUGUUUAGAGGGUCAGUGAUUAUUUACAAACUUUAGAAAAGCUAUGAGAAGCAUGAAAGUUAGACCCUUGCAGAAAUUAGAUCAUUUAACAUUGUCUAUUCAGAUUUGUUUCAAGAUUUGUCAACACUGGCUUUGUAAUGGAAGGUUUAGCACAGUUGAGGUAAGCUCACCUGGCUCCAAGGUGCGGCACCGUCAUUGUAGUAAGCAGCCACUGUUAUGCGGUGCUCCUUCAUGUUUAAGGUGCUGUUGCAAAUAAUUCAGCAAAGCAUGUAGUGUGUCAAGAUUGAGGCAAAGCAAAAGACUUGAUAUGUAUUUGCCUGAUGCCUCUCUAGGCCAUGUAGGUUGUUCAUUUGCACACCCAUAACCUUGCAGUUGUGGCCAAGCCAUUGCUUUGCAUUGCAUUGCAGUGUACGAAAGGGACAUCGAAAAAAAUCUAUAAAGUCUAGCUCGAGUUAUCUCUCUCAUUAAAAUUAGACUCUUAUCUAAUUAGAUCUGAUGUUGGCGCCUGACUAAGAGUUCUACAGUAGGCCUUCAUAUCUUGCCCGCUAGUUUAAGUUUAGGUUCACUGUAAUUAAUGACCCUUAGUGUGACGAUUUGGUCACCAUCUGCAACGUCUUGCUUGGAAUGAAGUGAACCUAAGUCGCCGUUUGCGUGUUCAACUCUUUUUUUAUGAUGUGCCUUCAAAUCAUAUUGCAUGUCAUGCGGCAGUUUCAGUCAGAACUCCUGUGAAUUGUUUGUCGAGUUGCCGCAUUGGAAACAAAGCAAUGUUAAACUUUCUCAUUUUGCAUAGAAAGUUGGGGUAACAUUCUCCAAUGUAUGUGUUUGUGGCAAACGUCCUGUGUUAUGUUAAAAGAUCGCAGAGGAAUCCAAACUCUUACUGUCUAGUCUACCAUAGCAUUUCUUAAAAUGGCUUUUUGCUGUUUUUAGUAUCGUGAGUAGGUAAUAGCUCUUUCUUGACAAAAUAACUUGUUUUUGUCCAGUAAUUUUCCCGCGAGAGUGUGUGUGACGCUUGUUCCCCUAGAGAUAUUGUGGCUUUGUAUUGUUUUUCAUGUUGCCUUUGUCACGUCUUUGACCCUGGUCCUUUGUUCCACGUCCUCAAGUUCAUGUGUUUAAUGCUUACUGUGCUUCUGUUCGUAGUUAUGUGUUCUGCAUCACUCAAUACAUGUAACGUGCAGAUCAAUUUUCUGAAGUUUUACAAACUUGGGAAUGUCAGAACCCUCUAUAUUGUUUUUCAUGUGUUAAAAAUUGAUUUCUCAUAUUUCGUUGUUGGCUUUGUUAGGAGAUAAUCUGAGCUUUAUGUUCUAGCAGUUUCUUUUUCAAGUUCUUACUCACGUUGUAGGUGUUUUUUUUUGUGCUGUGGAUUUGUGCAUUAACAGCCCUGUGGUGCUCUUCUAUGAAAUGAUGGUAUCGAAAUGCCCGAACUCAGUAAUAUCGACCGUGCAUGCAUGUGCUCUCCGAAAGCCCCAGAAUGCAUCUUUCAUGACGUCCAGGCACAGAGAUUGCUGCAGCUUUUUAAAGAGGCUGCAGGUCAUUCCAGCUUAAGCCGCAGAAAAAAAAAGUCAUCCAAUCAUUUCUUUUAUAGGCUUCAUAGUUAACUGAGUAACGUGGCACCUCAGUGCACUGAACGUGCGAAACAAUCAAGCACACUUUUCUGGACAAUGAACUGACUCUCCUGGAACCAUUGCAUAUCACAUGGAGCUUUGCUGUAAGCAGGCCCAACAUGCAUCGAAUUUUGGUAGCCUCUUGUACAUAGUGUUGCUUGUGUGUGACAUUUGUGUGCACAUAGUCGUGCCAUACUGUAGUCAUGUUAUGUAGAGUUAACCACCCACACGCUUCUGUGUGCUUAGUUUAGUUGUUUGUUGGCUUGUCUUCAGUACUAAGCAGUUUUUCUUAGUUUGUUGUUCGUAAAGGUGCCAUGCUUUACAUGUGUUGGUUUCUUUUGUUUAUAUUUUGUAUAUAGCCAUGCUGUGAUGAAGUGUCACCAUUAGAAUUACUCAUCGCUUUGACACAGGCUACUGGGCUAUUCUAGAUAUGCCUCAAGCAAUACGUACCUCUCUCAUCAAGGACAGUGAUGUGGGGCUGCUCGCUUUGCAGUUGCCACUGUAGUCUUCAGUUUCGUGAAGAUAUGUAGUCUUCAUCAGAUAUAUAGUCUUCACCAUAGUCUUUGACUUGGUCUUCAGUGCAACAGGCAACUUCCAAUGUCUGUAAGCUUCGUCCACACGUCUUUUGCCCAAAGCACUCACUGCAGGGCCAUGUACAAUGUGGUCUGCUCUUAGGUAGAACAGCUCAUUAAUGUUCAGCCCAACGUGCGCUUAGUCUUCUUUGUAUGGGACAAAACCAGCUUAAUGCAGAGGUAUCUGCCAGCCUUUGUUUAAAAUUUAAGCUCCUGUAAGCAUUUGCAUACGUGCAAGAGUUACACAAUGUCACAACGGCACUUGAGCAGUAAUGAGUAGCUGUAUAAUUCAAGAGCAGGUAAACAUGUGCUGACGCUCUGUGUACACUUUGUGAACUUUCUAAAUACAACAAAAAGUUCGCCGAAAGAUGUAUACUUCGAACUGUCCGACCGGUGGGUAAAAAAAAAGUCAACCCUGAGUAAGUGUUUCAACAAGGGGUCUUGCCUACACUCUGAUGAACUCAGAUCAACUUGAGGAAGACAAAUCCUUUGCCCUAACCAAGACGAGAUCCCUUGAUGAAGGCAAGUCCACUUGUAGAAACAUGAGCUCCAGACUAAGGUUUUGUUGUUUAGUCACCUGUGGGACACUUUGUGCGCUUCAGCAAUAUUUAUGGCUGAGGAAGGUGGUGCUGGAUGUGGUAGUUUUAAAUAAAAUCGGACUCCUUCACCCUGCGGCCACGUUAUGUGACUUGAGCAAUGGGACACUUUUAGCUGGUAGUUCUAUAGUACUCCUUGCGAUCCUUGUUGCCAUAUCAACAAAUUUUGUUUUUACAUUUGUUUUCUCAGCAAGUGCUCGCACGAGUUGAAUGCUUGUUGUACACGUCUCCUAUGUUGAACAAAUUUUCGGUCUUCCUUUCUUGGGGGGCCUUGUCUUCUUCUUGAAAUCGCUGUAUUUGUAAGCUACCGCGUGUUGUGUGUCUCGUCUUGGUCACAGCACUCGAAAUGAAAGAGAGAUUUCAACUAUUUUUAUGUACUCUGAAACUACCAUGGAAAUGCAGUAAAAUAUACACGUUUUAUAGAGUGACAA